AUGAGCUUUGCUAAUUCAAUUCCAUCAAUUAUUCCUUCCUCAUCAACAUUAACAUCUCCAAUUAUAACAACUUGUGAAAAUAUUAAUGAGACCUCUUCACCUUACAAACAAGACAAUCAACAACAACAACAAAACAAUUUAAAUCAGACUAGAAGUUCACCAACAUCUGUGGGAACACCAAAAGAAAAUUCUGGUACUGGAAAGCAGCCACCAUCAAAAAGUUAUUGUAUUUUGACUCCUUGUAGCAAUUCUCAUCCUUUUGAAGAGCGAAGAAUUCUUGUUGGACGAUCGGAAGAGAAUGCUGUUAAAAUUGGACGUUCUAUUGUUAGACUUCAACCAGCACAUAGUAAUGCUAUUUUUGAUUGUAAAGUGCUUUCAAGGAAUCAUGCAAUUCUUUGGAUGAAUGAUGACGUCCAUUUCUUUAUUAAAGACACUCGAAGUUCAAAUGGCACUUUUAUAAAUAAUGAUCGAUUGAGCCCAAGUGGAGAAGAAAGUGAACCUAGAGAGCUCUUUUCUGGUGACAUUCUUCAACUUGGAGUUGAAAUUGUGGAUAAUGCAAAGAAAGUCGCUAGUGGAUGUGUUACUUGUAUUGUACGUUUGACAAAUGAGAGGGGUGAAGAAUAUGUUGACAGACCUCAAUUGGACUCUUUUGCUUUUCCCAUUCGAAAUGAAAAUCAGAUUCCAUUGAAUUACACUUUGGUUCGAAAUGACAAAUUAUUUAUUUUUGAACAAUAUUUAAAAGAGGCAAAACAUAGAGAAAAUCUUCUCGGUCAAAAGCUUCAAACUAUUGAAGGUCAACUUUUAACUGCACAAGAAGAACUUCAGGCAAAAUGGGAUGAACAUAUCAACCAGGAACUUCUUCUUUCUCGUAUUGAACUUCUUGAAUCUCAAUUACUAACUUAUCUUAACGCUAAAAACGUUGUAUCACCCAAAAAUGCCCAAACUGCCUCUGCUAACUGUGUAGAAAAAGAAGAGGAAGUGAAUCAAUUAAAACGAGAAAUUCGAGAAUUAAUUGAAGACAGGGCAAAGUCUGAACAAUUGGCUAAAGAGUCGAUUAGGAAGAAAUGCGAACAAAUUCAGGAAGCAACUAUGCGUUUGAAUGAUGUGGAAAUGGGUUUGGUAAAUGUGGAGGAGGAGUGCGCCUUUCUUCGACAGCGUUGUUCAGAUUAUGACCUGCAAUUAAUCAAGCAAAGAGACAAUUAUGAUAUGCUUAUGGGAAAGUAUAAUGAGGUUAGAUGGAAGUUUAGUUUUUGGUUAGGUGUGGGGUUGUUGAAUCACGGGAACUCUCAAGCCGAAGCUUUCGGAUGUUGGGAUUUCUUUGAAUCCGGAUCCACCAACUCAAGAUGGGUCUGUGCUCAAUUAGUUACGGCAGAAAAGGCUGCUGCUAGUGCCGAAAAACCUCUUCAACCACCACCAUCACCUCCUCCUUUGGAGAAAGGCUUUUUAGUGGAGAAUGGUGUUGAUGUUUCUACUUGUUCUUCAACUGAUACUAAAGAAGAGAAGGAAAAUUUGACAAAGGACAAAAAUGCUGAAAAGAUGGAUUUAAGCGACAAAGACAAUAAUAAACAGCAUGAAUCAAAUGUGGAAGAAGGGGAGAUUGUCAGUCCGUCUUUGGAAGAAGGGGAGAUUGUUAGUUUGACAAAAUCGACAUUUUAUAAUGAGGAAGAGCAAAAAAUGGCAAACUACUUCCAUAAUUGUAAAGAACAGGAAUUACUCAGAAAAGUGGCUGAAUUGGAGUUACAACUUAAAGAACGCAAAAUUAAUGGGAAUAAUAAUGAAGAGGAAAGGGCUUUGACUACAACAACACCUCAAUCUUCUGCCGAUUUUCAGGUCUUUUUGUUGUCAAUCUUUCCAUUUUUGCUUGUUUUGUUGUUGUUUCUUGCACCAUUCUUUUACUUUUCUGCUUGGCCUUGGACUUCAAAUAAUGUGCAGCAAAAUGUGGAGAAUGAACAACAAUUAUUGCAAAAUGAAGAAGAAUUAACAAAUAAAGAAGAAAAUGAAUGA